AUGUACUUGGACCGCAAUGUUGCGCGCAGCAAGCUUGAGGGUGGCCCUGGCUUCAACGUGAUGGACGGCAACUAUGGCCGGGACACCCUGAUUGGGGGCAACGACGGAAACUUGAUGGACGGUGGGGAGGGGCCAGACACCAUCACCGGCGGGGACGCUGCAGACUCGAUUGUGGGCAGCGGCGGCGACGAUGACAUUGAUGGGGGGAAGGGCAGCGACCUGGUGGAAGGCGGGCCCGGUCGCGACACGCUUACUGGGGGUCCUGGUGACGACAUCAUCAUCUACCGCAAGGGGGACCUCCAGGACACCAGCAUUGACGGCGGGGAGGGGAUCGACACCCUCUGCCUGGAGGGGACCAUCAGCGAUUACACCGUCAUGUUUGGAGAACAGGUGCAGGACCUGGCAGCCAACGGCGGCCUUCUGAUGGUGCCACCAGGCGUGUCCCUGCGCGUUUUCCAGGGCUCGGGCCAGCCACCGUACAAAUCGAUCCUGGCGCCGCGGGGGUCAGACCCCUUGGCGGCAGUGCCGACGCUCACAAGCAUUGAGAGGGUCCGCCUGACGGUGGGUGUCAAGGCGUGA